AUGAGUUUAAGAAAUAAGAAUUGCAAUAUCCAUACAUCAGAAAAGGCAAUCUAUUAUUGCUUAGAUCAUUCUUGCAAUAAAAAGGGUCCUAUAUGUGAAAAGUGUGCAACUUAAAUUCACUUAGAACAUGAAUCCAUCUUUACGAUAGACGAUAUAUGUAAUUUUAUUGAAGACUAAGUUGACGACAACAUUUAAUGCCCUGAAAAAGAAGAUCAACAUUUCGAAUAGCUCAACUAAAGUAUUUGUGAAAAGUUGGACUCUAUUUAUGCUCAUAUAGACUAGUUUGAAAAAUAUGUUAUAACUAAAAUGAACUUUUUAAAAUAAAAGAUUAGAAAAGAAAAGAAAAACUUAUAGGAUAAGUUGGAGGACAUUUUUGAGUUUAGAGAAUUGUUUAAGAAAAACAAUUAAGAUUUGAUUGUGAACGUCUUGUAAGGUAUUGAUAUUACUUCUCUCUAAAGCUCUGUAAAAGUAAAAAGAAAGAAUAUAAUUGAGUGUACUAAAUUUUUGAAUUCUAACAAUUAAAAGUUGCACAUUAAAGAUUUCAGAGUUAGUGAACCUUCCUUUUUAAAAAGUUUGAUUCUUAAAAAGUUUACAAUAUAAAUGUAGAAAAUUAAUAAUCAUUGCUAGGUGUUACUCGAAAGGAUGCUAGAAGAGACAUCCUGCUAAUUUUCAUAGAAAAAUUAGUUUUAAUUUAAAAAGUUACCAAAUAAAUACCAAGAAGAUAAGUUCUUCUCUGAAAAGAAUGGCUUUGAUUUAUUUAAGAAGGAUAAAUUUUAGAAGAGUAAAAGUGUUGAAAAAGAUUGCAUGAGUUCCUCUUCCUGCACUUAAAGCGACUCCAGAAUUAAUAACAACUCAUUACCUUCUUUAACUGAUAUUUUAAAAUAAAUUGAGUAAAGUAACGGGGAUGAGUAUUCUGCUUUUAGUUCUUUUUAGGUAGAUUAGAGAUUUGUAGGAGAUAAAAUUGAAAUAUCAAAUUAAGAUAAAAAUCUGGAAUAAAAGGGAUUUGUAUAGCGCUUUGCAUUUUUGUUCCCUCAAUUUAAAGAUAUAGAUGAAAAUAAAAAAAUCUACCAUGUAAAAAUUAGAAUAUUAAACUAUAAAACUUGGAUAGCAUUUGGUAUAGGAAAUAGAGAAGCUAUAAGUAAAUAAAAUUUAAAGUAUAUAGAAGGACUAUAAGCAUAUCUAAUUUCUCUGAAUGGAUAUGUUUACAAUAGCAGAGAAGAGCCAGUAAAAGAAUUAGAAAAUUUAAAUUUGGAAUAAGGGGAUAUAAUAUCAUUAAUAUUCUAUUAUGAUUCACCCUGUAAAUCUUAAUAGUGUUUAGAAAUAUGGCUUAACAAUUAAAAGAUGCUUAAAACAUUUAAAGGUAAUUUAUUUGAGAAAAAUGAGCUUAAUAAUAUUGCAUUUUGCAUUGGACUUCUUAAAGGAGACUCUGUUGAGAUCAUCAAAGAUUGA